AUGCUACAAAACGUACCUCACCAGAUGAUACAAUCUCCCGCUAGGCUAGGCCUCCCAAACCCUAAUUCACCAUCUUUACAAACCCCAGCCCCUCCAAAAUUCACCUCACAAAUCCCACAAUCACACCCACCUAACCUCCACCCAAAUCUACAAACAACCCCCACCUCCCUAACCCUCCUCCCCCUCCUUCCACCACUACAAAGAGCCCAAUCAAUCCUCUUAAGAAUGUCAUCCCUCACAACAAAACUCUUCGAUGUCUCCACAAACCAAACCCAAUGGCUUACCACAUUCCGUGGUUCAUUUCCCACAUUCCUUUCCAUCCAAACCCAAGCCCCAACCGAUUCCAUUCCCACCACCACAAAAGAAAUCAUCUCCCUCUUUACAACCCUCCAAUCCCAACUCUUCGAAUCCGUAACUGAACUCCAAGAAAUCCUCGACCUCCAAGACGCCAAACAAAAAAUUACCCGCGAAAUCCGAUCCAAAGAUUCCGCAAUUCUCGCGUUUGCUAACAAACUUAAAGAAUCCGAACGUGUUCUCGACAUGUUAGUCGAUGAUUACUCUGAUUAUCGCCGUUUAAAAAGAUCCAAAGUUGAAGAAAGUGAAGAGGAUUCAAAUACAACAACAGUUGCCACACAUUUAAACUUAAACGAUAUUUUAUCGUACGCGCAUAGAAUAAGUUACACGACGUUUGCUCCGCCUGAGUUUGGGGCCGGGACGGCCCCCCUGCGGGGGGCUUUGCCUCCCGCACCCCAGGAGGAGCAGAUGCGUGCUUCUCAGUUGUACUUAUUUGCUGACAUGGACGUGGGAUUACCUAAAUCUGAUAAAGAUAAAUUUACGAUUGAGCCCUUGGCUGAAAAUAUGUUGGAGGGUAAUUUGGUUGGGAAUAUGGCGAUUAAGGAUAUGCUUCCUACGAAUAUUGUGGUGCCGUCUGGGUGGAAGCCGGGGAUGCCGGUGCAGUUGCCGACGGAUCUACCAAUUCUUCCGCCGGCUGGAUGGAAGCCGGGGGACCCGGUGGCUUUGCCACCUUUGGAUUCGGUUGUUGUUGCUCCUAGAUUGGAGGAACAACAGCAACCGGUUCAUGUUCCUGGGUUUGGGAAGGGACCACAACCGAUACAGGUUCGACAUGUGCAACUUGAUAUUGAUGAUGAUAGUGAUACCGAGUACAGUAGUGAUGAUAGUUCUGAUGAUGAAGAUUGA